AACAGGUAAAUGCAUGCAAUACACAUAACCGAAAGUCCAUAGCUUAUUUUGGGUGUGCUCAAGCGGUGGUGUAUAAAUAGUCGUAAAGAUGGAUUUUAAAGAUUUUACAUACUGAACUAAACUGAAUUAACAAUUGAAUUAAUUGUUGAAUAAUUAGAAUCAUUAAUCAGCUUCCAAAGAUUCUUUGAAUUAAACAUGUCCCGUUACCGUGAGUGGGACCUCUCGUGCAAAGUGUACGUGGGCAACUUGGGCUCCUCUGCCAGCAAGCACGAAAUCGAGAGCGCUUUCGGCAAAUACGGGCCCCUGCGGAACGUGUGGGUGGCGAGGAAUCCCCCGGGCUUCGCUUUCGUAGAGUACGAAGACCCGCGGGAUGCUGAAGACGCGGUUAGAGGCUUAGAUGGAACCCGAUGCUGUGGCUCUAGAGUUAGAGUGGAAAUGUCUAGUGGCCGUGCCAGAAGAGGUGGUGGCGGGGGUGGUGGAAGAAGGGGUCGUUAUUCCAGGUCGAGAUCACCGAGACGUUCUCGUUCACCGCGAUCGAGAUCGCGAAGCCGAGACUCAAGAGGGCGCUCUGAUUCCAGAGACAGACGUUGA